UUAAUGCAAAAUCUCCAGAGUCUAGAAGACAUUGCCAAAGCGAAUGGAGGAAACCGCGCCUUCGGACUGCCAGGAUAUGAUGCCUCGCGAGACUUCGUCUUAUCCAAGGUCGGGAAUUCAACGACAUGGAAGGCGUGGACUCAGGACUUCCCGGCAUUGUACAACGAUGUGGUUUCGAUCACUUUCCGUGUUGGCGACACAGAAUACUACGUUUUCGGACCGACAUAUUCACCUUCCACUGGCGCUGAUGGCAUCACUGCACCGCUCGUCCUCGGCCCUAACGGUACGACGGCAUGCACUGUAGCUGGCUACAGUGGGCUCGAUGUGCAGGACAAGAUGGUCCUUGUACAGCGUGGCACAUGCCCGGAUAAUACCACCAUUGCAGGUCGUAUUCGAGCUGCUGUGUCGGCAGGUGCGAAUAGUGUCAUAUUAUACAACAACGUGCCCACCAAAGUGACCGGUGGCACUCUAUCGGCUCCCGAUCCGGUUGGAUACAGACCGAGCGGUUUCAUCAAUCAAGACGAUGGCGAGGCACUCAAGGCACGACUUGAAGCUGGUGAAGUAUUGGAAGGCUACCUGCAGCAUACUCAGACCAUCGAGGAGAGAAUCACCCAGAAUGUCUUCGCAGAAUCUCUGGGAGGUGAUCCCAACAACGUGAUCAUGAUGGGAGCUCACCUCGACUCCGUGAAAGCGGGUGCGGGGAUUAACGACGACGGAUCUGGAACGACGCUGGUGCUCGAAGUGUUUGAUGGUCUGCAGCAAGCCAGCUUUCAGAACAAGAUUCGCCUUGCAUGGUGGGGAGCUGAAGAGAAUGGCCUGGUCGGAAGCAGAUACUAUACGACUGGUAUCAACAACACCGUGGAGGCCGAUAACUUGGUGGCUUACUUGAACUUUGACAUGGUGUCUCGUGGCUACUACGGCGUCUUUGACGGCGACGGGAACACUCACGGUGUCGUGGGCGCUCCUGGAUCCGAUGUCAUCGAAAAGCUCUUCGUCGACCAUUUGACGGGACAAGGUUUCAACGUAACUCCAGCGGUCUUCACGGGCGGGAGUGACUACGCGAGCUUCAUGUCUACGUUGAACAAACCUGUUGGAGGCCUUCACACUGGGACUGGAGUCGCCCAGGAUGAUUGCUACCAUCAAGAAUGCGAUGGCUAUAGCAAUGCGAACCCGGAGCAGUUGACUGCAAACGCCAAGGCUGCAGCACAUGUACUUGCUACGCUUGCGUCUGAAGGCCACCUGAUUAUUCCUAAAGGGGAGAAGAAAGCUGCGCGUGAUGUUGAGAAGCUUCAUGAGAGGAGUCUCGAAGGAGCUAUCGCUGAUCAUGAGUUGUUCGGCUUCAGCGAGGUGCCAGGUGAACGGCAUACUGGUUCUUGUGGGCAUGAUGUUUAG